CAGUGACAUCACUUUCCAGAAUUCCCCUUCAGCAAGACGGAGAUCCAGAGAGCGACGAGAGAGAAGAAAACCGAGAAAACAGGAGUUCGCUGCUGUCUGGAAGUGUUUCUGCCGCUUUUACAACCAAGACUUUAAAGGAUGUCCCUGUAUCCAUCCCUCGAGGACCUUAAGGUCGACAAGGUGAUCAAGGCCCAGGCCCAGUAUGCCCAGACUGCCACCCCCAUGCCAGCCAUCACCGAGGGAACCUACCAGCCUCAGCCUGUCACUGCUGGGAUGCCAGGAUCAAGCUUGUAUCCGAACCUGGAGGAGCUGGGAGACUACAUGGGUCUGGCCCUUAACAGUGAUGAAGUCCAGAGGAACCUGGCCUUAUUGCCUGUGGCUGACAAUCAAGUGGCCGUGCCCUCCAGCUCAGGUAUCGGGGGGAUGGUGCGGCCGGUGACGGGGGCGGACGUUGGCGUCAGGAGGGCCGAGAUCCGCCCAGGGCUGCGUGAGAUUAUCCUCUGUAAGGACCAGGACGGGAAGGUGGGACUCCGGCUCAGGGCCAUCGACAACGGAGUGUUUGUCCAGCUGGUGCAGGCUAACUCCCCCGCGGCCCUGGCCGGGCUGCGUUUUGGAGACCAGGUGCUUCAGAUCAACGGGCAGAACUGCGCCGGCUGGAGCGUAGACAAGUCCCACAAGGCCCUGAAGGCUGCGGCCGAGACCCGCAUCGAGCUCGUGGUCAGGGACAGGCCAUUCCAGCGCACCGUCACCAUGCACAAAGACAGCUCCGGCCACGUGGGCUUCAUCUACAAGUCCGGUAAAAUCACCUCCCUGGUCAAGGACGGCUCUGCUGCCCGCAACGGCCUGCUGACUGAGCAUUUCAUCUGUGAAAUUAACGGACAAAACGUUAUUGGACUCAAGGAUUCUCAGAUCAAGGACAUUCUGACCACCUCCCCGACCGCCAUGACCAUCACCAUCAUGCCCAAGUUCAUCUAUGAACACAUGAUUAAGAGGAUGUCGACUGGUCUCCUGCGUUCAGCCAUGGAUCACUCUGUCCCAGAGGUGUGAAGACCAGCAGGAGGAUUGAAAACUGUCAGGAUGUCUAUAAUACAGAGAUGUCUCUCUCUCUCUCUCUCUCUCUCUACCUGUCUUUAUCUUUCUCUUUUCUCCUCACUCGUAUCUUUGUCGCUCUCUCUCUCUCUCUCUCUCUCUCUGUCUUUCUGUCUUCAUACCAAACCACCUCCUGCAUCACAAUCAUCUCCGUCGCAAUUUCUCAUCUCUAACAUCAUCUUAAAAUGCCUUUUUUUCUAUUCUCCAGCUGUCGAGUAUAGUCUUUACCUUUUCUACAUUUCCCGCAUCUCUGUUGAAAUGUCUAGUACCUUUUAUACGUUAACCUCGUAGUCUAAGUAUUACAUGUUUCUUCUUCUUGUUUUGUAUUUGAGAUCAAGGACAGUACAAAAUGUUUUUUCUUUUUAAAGCCAUGCACACGUUUCAUGAGUCCAGAGCUUCCUCCUCAUUGUGGAGAUGAACCAUUGACGUUUCAUCUUGUCAAAAUGCUGUAACAGCUGAAGGUCAGUCAUCAGAGCCCUGCCAUGUAGAAUACGGCUGUGCUCCCAGUCCCUGCACUCGGCCCCUAAUGUGUUAAUAAUCCAAGCUGAAUUAAGUUUGCUGACCUGAUUCUAGAUUCAAGUGUCAUUUUUACCCGGCCAGUAAAACUUUUAGAAAAGGUUGUUUUUACUUCAUACCAUAUAGUGGUAAAAUAAUUAUGGCAUCGAGUUAGUUAUUUUUCUUUAUGUAGAUACCACACAUCUCUAACAUUUAAUCAAGUUUGCAGUUUCCGGCGUCUCCAAGAGACGGCGAGGUAUCAUUGUUCCACAUUUCCUGUUUCUGUGGAGAAAUGUCAUGAUGAGGCUCUGAUGGGUUGAAUCUGAAGGUACUGGGAACACUGUGUGCACAUUCCAGGGGAAAGUGUAGGGAAAGAGGCAGCAGUAGGUGUUUGUUGCCCCAUGAAGCUGGAACUUAGCCCUGUCCACAAACACCGGUGAAAGGCCCAAAUAGGCAAAAUCAUUGACGUGAUCAGACAGUUAGGAAGAUGUUUGAACCUUCAUUUUCAAAGGGGGUUGUUGUUGUUUGUGUGGACAGGGUGUGUGCUGGGCGGACCCACUAAGUGCACUUUCCACUACCUUUUAAGAGGUUGUCUUUCCUGUGUCCAUUUCAACAGUUAAGUUUUUUAUUAUUGUGUUUGUGGUGCCUCAUGUUAAUGAGAGAACUCAUGAAAACAAACUUGUAUGUUACUCAUAAGAAACUGCAAAAAAAUUUGAUGCUGAAAAUCUGCUCAAAUUGAAAGCAUUUCAAUUCCACAUCAGCCAAUGAACUCGUCUCCUCUGCUACGUGUUGCUAGGGGACGUCCCUCGCUAACGAUAUUCCUUCCUUGACUGAUGAGCACAAUGAGACUGAGCAGAGCUCACAGUUGUGAAUUUCUACUUGUUAUAUAAAGUUGCUCCUUUUAAUGCUGUUCAUGUUUGGAUGCAUGUAUUCCUUUAAUUUUCUAGGUAUGCAAUCUGAUAAACAUCACUGUCAUUCUGUAAGAAAAUGCUAGAAAAAUCUAAAAGUUUAUAUACGAAUGUAACCAAGAUAAUAUUGUAAAACAAAUAAACAGUCUUUCGGUUCAGA